GUGCCUCGGCGGCUCCGGCAUCCAGGGCGGCGCGGGAGGGAGACCGGGAAGGAGGGAGGAUGAACCUGGAGCGGCUCAGGAAGCGAGUGCGCCAGUACAUCGACCAGCAACAGUAUCAAAGUGCCCUGUUCUGGGCCGACAAAGUAGCUUCACUCUCUCAUGAGGAACCACAGGAUAUCUACUGGCUGGCCCAAUGCCUUUACCUGACAGCUCAGUACCACAGGGCAGCGCACGCCCUUCGAUCGCGGAAGCUGGAUAAGUUGUAUGAGGCAUGUCGCUACCUUGCAGCCAGAUGUCACUAUGCUGCAAAAGAGCAUCAACAGGCCUUGGAUAUUCUUGAUAUGGAGGAGCCAAUCAACAAACGACUUUUUGAAAAGUACUUGAAGGAUGAAAGUGGGUUGAAAGAUUCUACCACAGACUGGGAGAUGUCACAGUCCUCAAUCAAGAGCUCUAUAUGCCUUUUACGAGGGAAGAUCUAUGAUGCUUUGGACAAUAGAACCCUGGCAACCUACAGCUACAAAGAGGCCUUGAAGCUGGAUGUUUACUGUUUUGAAGCAUUUGAUCUUUUAACGUCACACCAUAUGCUGACAGCACAGGAAGAAAAAGAACUCCUUGAAUCUCUACCUCUUAAUAGACAAUGUACGGAAGAAGAGCAGGAAUUGCUUCACUUUUUAUUUGAGAAUAAAUUGAAAAAGUAUAAUAAACCCAGUGAAACACUGAUUCCUGAAUCAGUAGAUGGUCUUCAGGAAAACCUGGAUGUGGUAGUAUCCCUAGCAGAAAGGCAUUAUUACAACUGUGACUUCAAAAUGUGUUAUAAGCUUACUUCAGUAGUGAUGGAAAAAGAUCCCUUCCAUGCAAAUUGUUUACCUGUACAUAUAGGGACACUUGUGGAGCUUAACAAAGCAAAUGAACUUUUCUAUCUUUCUCACAAACUGGUGGACUUGUACCCAAAUAAUCCUGUGUCAUGGUUUGCAGUAGGAUGCUAUUAUCUCAUGGUUGGCCACAAAAAUGAACAUGCUAGAAGAUAUCUCAGCAAAGCCACGACGCUGGAGCGAACCUAUGGCCCUGCAUGGAUAGCGUAUGGACAUUCCUUCGCAGUGGAGAGUGAGCAUGACCAGGCAAUGGCUGCGUACUUCACAGCUGCACAGCUCAUGAAAGGGUGUCAUUUGCCUAUGCUGUAUAUUGGACUGGAAUAUGGUUUGACCAACAACUCCAAGUUGGCUGAACGGUUUUUCAGCCAAGCUUUAAGCAUUGCACCUGAAGAUCCUUUUGUUAUGCAUGAAGUUGGAGUGGUGGCAUUUCAAAAUGGAGACUGGAAAACUGCAGAAAAGUGGUUCCUUGAUGCACUGGAAAAAAUCAAAGCUAUUGGAAAUGAGGUAACAGUUGAUAAGUGGGAGCCUUUAUUGAACAACUUGGGACAUGUCUGCAGAAAACUCAAGAAGUAUGAAGAAGCACUGGAAUAUCAUCGCCAGGCUCUGGUGUUGAUCCCUCAGAAUGCUUCUACUUACUCUGCCAUUGGCUACAUACACAGCCUCAUGGGCAAUUUUGAAAGUGCCAUUGACUAUUUCCACACGGCCCUUGGUCUCAGGCGGGAUGACACAUUUUCAGUGACAAUGCUCGGCCACUGCAUAGAAAUGUACAUUGGUGAUUCUGAAGCCUAUAUUGGAACAGAGAUCAAAGACAAAUUAAGAUGUUAUGACUUUGAUGUACACACAGUGAAGACAUUAAAGAACAUAAUUUCACCUCCCUGGGAUUUCAGAGAAAUCGACAUAGAAAGACAAACUGUGGAUGAAAGUGGCAUAGUAACAUUAGAGACAUCAAAUCAAAGGAAAAGUACAGAUACCAGUCGCCCAUUGGAAGAAACAUUUGAGAUUGAAAUGAAUGAAAGUGAUAUGAUGUUAGAAACAUCAAUGUCAGACCAUAGUACGUGACCAUAAAUACUGGUAGAGAGCUCA